AUGACCAUCCUAUGCACGACAUCGCAGACCGAACUGCACAGUGAAAGCAGACUUUUGAAUCCCCUGCUGCGCUACGACUCCUUUUGUAAGCGGUAUUUCCACAUUAAGGAAGGGAUACUGGUUCCCGAUCCUACGAUCUUCAAGAACAUCAAUGCGCCGAUUACAUUGACUGAUUCUACGUGCCUCCCCGAUGUUGCUCAAUGUUCCGCACACUUGGAACUGUUGCAGGCGAUCAACCACAUCCGCCGGGAAGUCCUCAAUUCGACCGAGUUAGACACGAUCCUCGACAUCAAACCGCAGAAGCAAACAGUGAUCAAAAACAGAGGUUACCCGUCGCAGGAAACGAUCGAGGUAAAGGACAAGGGCUUUGCGCAGAGACGGCAGGUCAAAUGGCCGUUUUAUUUAAGGCUUGGAGUGGCGCGAUUCGUUGUGUGGUUGAAGAAGAUGGAUGAGACGUUAGCGUCGAAGGAGAAUGAAGCCCUUGAGGUGCCGGCCUGUCCUCCGCUAGAUGUUCUCAUCGCGUGGCACUCGGCCCUCUUGAACCCGGGGUGGUUCAGGAAGUAUUGUGAGACCCAUGAGAUUAUGCGUAUGCGGCGCGUGCUAUUUCCAUGGAGCAAGAUUCACCAAUGCAUCAACACCGAGGACUGGAGUUUCAGCCUGCCAUCCAGCGCAAGGGAUAACUUCAGGGAUUUAACUGGCCAGGAAGCAGACUUACUGGCCUACCUUCUUAGCCCGAAGCCCGAGGUCUAUACCGCUCUUUUAUUCGUUUAUCGGGACUCUGCCCCCACAAACAGACUCUACCUGAGGAAACUCGACCUUCUCCGUCUAAAGAAGAUAGAGAAGCCACCGCACAGCGCCUUCGCUGCAUCCUGCUACGCAGCCGCCCACCCAGACACAGAUGCGACAUACCUUUUUGCAGCGAUUGAGCGCCAACGUGUCUUCGUCGACAAGAUGGUAGGAUAUCUCUGGAUCCGCAGCCCCGGCGUCCACGGGACUCUAUCCAGAGCGAUUACCCGCUACGAGCACUUCUUAGAGCUGUUCAAACUCCGCCCGGGAACUAUUCUUGUCCCGACGCUGGACAUUGACCUGGCGUGGCAUACGCACCAAUGCUCGGCGAGCAUGUACGAAGCCAGUAUGGAACAACGGGCGGGGAGGUUCAUCAACCACGACGAUACCAUCCCCUCUGGCGUGCUGCGGACGCAGUCGGAUGAGACUUCGGUGCUAUUCAGGGAGCAUUUCGGCCUGGAGUAUCAUGUUUGCCUGUGCUGGGAGUGCCAGGCCAUUCAAUCGGCUGUUGACGAGUGGAAUGACGACCGAGAGGUGGAUUUUGAAAAGCUGGCGGAGAAGGUGGUGGAGGAUUUGGCGUCUCAUCGGGUGCUUGAGCUGAACCGGCGAGAGCAGAUGCGAUGA